AUGUCUGCCGAGGACAGUUUCAGUUAUACAGUGCCAAAUGAGAAGCACAGAAGGGCUCGCAACUGGACAGACUCAGAAAUGAAAGGACUUCUGUACAUUUGGGAAGAGUAUGUUACAGAGCUCAAGAAGGCUAAGCGCAAUGCUAAAAUCUAUGAAGUGAUGGCUAAGCGACUCUACGAACUGAGCGGCGAGCACCGUCACAGGGAGGAGAUAAAAAUGAAGAUCACCAACAUGACAUUCCAAUACAGGAAAAUGAAGCACAUAGCCAAUGGAAGCAGUGACUGGCCUUAUUACAAGUCCAUUGAGAGAAUUUUAUCCAAAGUGCCAGAGCAGACACAUAUGGGCCCGGCGGAAGCUCAAACCACUGGAGCGUCAACAUCACAGCCUGAAACCCCUGUGUCGCAGGCUGGAGCUACGAUGAUAGGCUACAUCCCUGAAUACACUGGCUCCUCAGAGGAGAGGGAUGUGAAAGAGGAAGGUGAUGAUGGGACAGAGAUUUCCAUUAGCUCUUUUGAGUCCCUGUCUCAGCCCAUGAAAAGACGGCGUCUGUCGCACAGUGGUUCUCUGCGCCACAGGAAACUGCGUGUGAUGGAGUCAAUGUUGCGUGAACAGCAGAAGAUGAGCCGUGCUGUGGAGGAGACCUGCCGAGAGGUGCGCCGUGUUAUGCACCAACAGAACUUCUUGCAGGUGCAGAGCCUGCAGCUUCAGGAGCGAAUGAUGAACUUGUUGGAGAAAAUGAUACCAUCCACAACUCACCUUUCAAACACUCACACCUGAACAUUGCCUGCCUGUACAGUUCAUGUUUUACUGUCAUUACAAGUACUGAGGGUCUUGUUGUUUAAAACACAUUUUGUUUUAUUGAUAUUGAAGAAAAGUUUCUACCUUUUCAAUGUCAAAAAGCUUAAGUGACACUUACAGUUACAAAAACAAGGAUUC